CCGCAAGCAACGCACGCAACAAGGACUCGAUCGACAUCGAAGCUCGAGCUAACCUUGGCAACUUGCUACAAUCUCUCUCUUUCUCUCUCUCUCUCGGUGAUCAACGUCGACCGAGCAACUACACCCAGCUGCAAGGUGCAAGCAAGCUAGCUCGACAGUUAGCAAUGGAGGUUAAGGUGUUGGGCUCCAAGCUCGUCAAGCCCGCCUACAAUGGCGGCGCCGCGCCGGCACCAUCCACCGAGUACAUCCCUCUGUCCAUCUUCGACAAGGUGACGUUCAACAUGCAGAUGGCCAUCAUCUAUGCCUUCGCCGCGCCGGCGCCAUCCACGGCCGCCAUCGAGAAUGGCCUCGCCACGGUCCUCGCCCAGUACCGAGCCUUCGCGGGCCAGCUCGGCGAGGCGCCCGACGGCACGCCGUCCUUCAUCCUCAACGACCGUGGCGCGCGCCUGGUUGAGGCGACCGUAGACGCCGACCUCAUCGACAUGGCGCCAGCGAAACCCACGCCGGAGCUGCUCAAGCUGCACCCCGACCUAGAGACGGAGCACGAGGAGGUUGUGCUGAUGCAGCUCACGCGGUUCCGGUGCGGCUCCCUCGCCGUGGGGUUCACGUCCAACCACGUCGUCGCCGACGGCCACGCCACCAGCAACUUCCUCAUCGCCUGGGGGCGCGCCACGAGAGGCCUCCCCAUCGGCCUCCCUCCCGUGCACCACCACAAGGACCUCUUCAAGCCACGGUCGUCGCCUCGCGUGGAGCACGACCACCGCAACAGGGAGUACUACCUGCCGUCGCCCUCCGACGUCGUCGGUCACCACGGCGAUGCCGCCGACAACAUCGUCAUCCAUAAGGCGCACUUCUCCAAGGACUUCAUCGCCGGUCUCCGAGCCAAGGCGUCAGAAGGGCGCGGCCGGCCGUUCAGCCGGUUCGAGACCAUCCUCGCCCACCUCUGGCGCACCAUGACACGCGCGCGCGACCUGAGCCCCGAGGAGACCACCAAGAUCCGGCUGUCCGUGGACGGGCGACACCGGCUCGGCCAGCCGGCGGAGUACUUCGGCAACAUGGUGCUUUGGGCUUUCCCGCGCUCCACGGUGGGUGACCUCUUGAACCGGCCGCUGAAGCACGCGGCUCAGGUGAUCCAUGACGAGGUGGCGAAGGUGGACGGCGCAUACUUCCAGUCGUUCGUAGACUUCGCAAGCUCUGGCGCCGCUGAGAAGGAGGGGCUGGCUCGGAGCGCCGUGUGCAAGGACGCGCAGUGCCCGGACGUGGAGGUGGAUAGCUGGUUGACGUUCCCGUUCUACGAGCUGGACUUCGGCACGGGGAGCCCAAGCUACUUCAUGCCGGCCUACUUCCCCACGGAGGGGAUGCUUUUCCUCGUGCCGUCCAACUUCGGCGACGGCAGCGUCGAUGCCUUCGUACCCCUAUUCCAAGAGAACCUCCAGGCGUUCAAAGAAUGCUGCUAUUCCAUGGAGUAGGUGGCCUAACUGUUAAUUUGUCGAAGAAACAGUGAGGCAUACAUUAGUUGAUUCAUUGAGAGGGUGGCAGAAAAAAAUAAUGUUAUUUCUUUUUCUCUUUGAGAAUUGAAUAGUGCUACUGUGUGUACACAGAUGUUAUCUUGUACAGUACGUAACAUGAGUUUUCAGAUUAAAAAAUUUA